GUCGCCCUUCGCGACAUCUACUACAAUGCUGUUCCUCAAAACCCUAGCAACCUCCCUCCUGGCUCUAAGCUCCUUCGCAUCCGCCGCCAGCUUCUCCAACCCUUUGAAGCAGAAAGAUGGCUCUGACCCGCACAUCGCAUGGUCGGGCGGAUACUACUACCUCAUGACAACGACGUGGUCGAACCUCCAGAUCACCCGUGCGAAGACAUUGGAGGGCCUGAAGACGGGGGAGAAGAAGACGGUUUGGACGGAUACCAACGCGGCGAGGUGUUGUAACGUGUGGGCCCCCGAACUGCACUACCUCGACGGAUCAUGGUACAUCUACUACACCGCCGGCACGAGCGCGAACCUCGACGGCCAAAGACCUCACGUCUUGAAGGGCGGUGCCACCCCCUGGGACUCCUUCAGCUACCUCUCGACCCUAACCACGACCUGGGGCAUCGACGGCACGAUCCUCCGCUUCUCCUCCUGGGGCAACUACUUCGUCUGGUCCUGCUUCUCCGGCUCCCUGCAAUCCCUGUGCAUCGCGCCUUUGACCUCGCCCGGCAAAAUCGGCGCCACCAAGGUGCUCUCCACACCCACUGCGUCAUGGGAGACCGUCGGAAAUCCCGUCAUGGAGGGCCCCGCGGCGUUGUAUCAUGGCGGGAAGACGUUCCUUGCGUACUCGGCGAGCUUCUGCUGGACGACGUCGUAUAGUUUGGGGCUGUUGACGUGGAAUGGUAGCGGCGAUCCGACGUUGAGUGCUAGUUGGAAGAAGUCGGGGCCGCUGUUGACGAGCGCGAAUGGGAACUAUGGGCCGGGACACAAUGGAUUCUUCCAAAGCCCAGACGGCUCGCAGACUUGGAACGUGUACCACGCAACUAGCAACAGCAACGGUGCUUGCGAUGGGAACAGGUACACGAUGGCGCAGAUUGUCAAUUGGAAGUCGGAUGGCAGCCCUGACUUUGGAACGCCUGGGAAGCUUGGGACGACGCUUACGGGACCUUCGGGGGAGUAG